UUCUUCUUUCCCCAGGCUCAACAGGACGGAGCCAUGACUGGAAGUAUUGCGGGUCUGAAGAGGUUCACCAGCCCGGUAAAGGGACGAGGUCUCCAGGUCACCAGACCGUUUAAAGUGGGAGAGCUGCUGUUCUCCAGUCCGGCGUACUCCUGUGUCCUGUCAGUCAAAGAGAGAGGCUCCUGCUGUGAGUUCUGCUUCAGCAGGAAAGAGGGAUUGGCAAGAUGUGGGAAGUGCAGGAAAGCGUGCUACUGCGAUCUGAAGUGCCAGAAAGGUGACUGGCCCAUGCACAAGCUGGAGUGUUCAGCCAUGACUGCGUUUGGAGAAAACUGGUGCCCUUCGGAGACGACUCGCCUGGUAGCUCGAAUCCUAGCAAAGAAGAAAAUGCAGAAAGAGCCAUCUGCUUCUGAGAAGAUGUUGCUCAUAGGAGAGCUGCAGUCACAUCUGGAGGAUGAAGAUAACGAGAAGAGAGAGGGUACCGAGGCUGACAUUGCCGCCCUUUAUCGAUUUUACUCCAAACAUUUAGAAAUGCCUGACCACAAAGACCUGCUCACACUCUAUUCCCAGGUUGCUUGUAACGGUUUCACAGUAGAGGAUGAUGAACUUUUCCAGAUGGGCGCUGCGAUCUAUCCAGACGUGGCUCUGAUCAACCACAGCUGUCUGCCCAGUGUCAUAGUCACGUAUAACGGAACGUCGAGCGAGGUCCGGGCCGUGCAGAACAUGAAACCAGGAGACGAAGUGCUCAUCAGCUACAUAGACCUGCUUUAUCCAACAGAGGAUCGCAACAAGAGGCUGAGAGAGUCCUAUUACUUCACCUGCGACUGCAAUGAAUGCAAAACCAAGUCCAAAGACAAUGCAAAGGUAAAAGUCCGGAAGAGAAGUGACCCCUUUGAGCCACAGGUCAUCAGCAACAUGGUGCGCUACGGCAGGAACUCCAUCCGAGAAUUCAGAGCUCUUAAAAAUGUUAAAAGUCCCAGUGAGCUACUGGAGAUGUGCGAGCAGAGUUUGGAGGAGAUGGGAGCCGUCUUUGAUGACUCUAACGUCUACAUGCUGCACAUGAUGUACCAAGCCAUGGGGGUUUGCAUUUACAUGCAAGAUGCAGACGGAGCCAUCAGAUAUGGAAAGAAACUCCUAAAACCUUACAGCAAGCUGUAUCCUCCAUACUCCUUAAACGUGUCCUCCAUGUACCUGAAGUUGGGUCGAAUCUACAUGAAUGUGGAGAGGCGCUCUGAGGGCGUCAGCGCCCUCAAGAAGGCACUGGCUAUAAUGGAGGUGGCUCAUGGGAAGGAUCACCCCUACAUUAAAGAAGUGCGCAGAGAGAUGGGUCAAAAAUAAAGAAUUAAUUAAAGCAACUCGCCCAAAUGAUAAUUUGACUUGAUGUUGAACAGAACCGUGAGCUUGCCCUUUACUUUAACUCGGGUCGGAAACUACAGAAGCCAAAAGAGGGCCGUGCUUAGGCCGGUGUGGCAUGUGGUUGGGAUUGUUGGUGACUAGUUAAGAGACGCAAACGUGUGAGGAAUGUUUGUUUUGUGACAAGUCUUAGAAAUGACCAACUAGUCGCAGAACGUGAGAUGUGAUUGUGAGUAAACUGUGACAGCCGUGCAACACUUGUGCAAAGCUAACUUAAAUUAGGUCAAACGUGCAUUGCAUAUGUCUUCGUUUACAGCUUAGACGUCAGCCCCUUCCCAAGUGCUCUAACUUUUCUUACACUUUGUGACAGGCUAAAGGCAUACUAUGCAACUUUGUCAUAUUUUUUAAUUAUUUUUUGAGCCAGUAUGUCACAGGUGUCAAACUCCGUUCCUCGAGGGCCGCUAUUCCACGUUUUAGUGAUUUCCCUGUUUCAACACUCCUGAUUUCAAUCAGCGGGUGAUUAAAAGGCUUCUGGAGAGCUUGAUGAGCCGCUGCACAGGUGAACCAACCGCGUUGGAACAGGGAAACAUCACAAAGAUCCAGGAUACCAGCCCUCGAGGACGGGAGUUUGACACCCCAGGGUUAAUGAAAUGUCACUCAGACACUCCCACCAACCUUUGUGGCCAGAAUAUUGCACUUGCAACUUCAGAGUGGUGGGUCGCCUACUGUUGGACUUAUUAAAGUGGAUCUGUGUCACGCAGUCUGCUUCCAGCACAUUUCCUGCAUGUUUUAGAUCGUGAACACAGCUGAUUUGUUUGAUUUUACUAAAUGGACACUAGGGGGUGCUAAAUGCGAGCCAAAACUCUUUAACUAAGGGGUUUGGGAAGGAAAACUGCACACACUUAAAGAGAAAAUGUGAUUUGCAAAUUUUAUCUUAUUUUUUUUGUUUUGAAUGGUCCAAUUCCAUCAACUCACGAGUGAGAUCCUGCAAGUCAUGCAAGGAUGCUGAACCCUAUAGUGAACAUUUGCGGGGACUCCCUCAGAAACAGUCUGCCCGGCUCAUUUUAAUGACGAUAACUCAAAGUAACAAGUUUCUUUUGGGGUGUUUUUGUGAUAAAUGGGAUAUAAGAUUUAUUCAUUGUGAGAUUUGUAUUUUUAAACUGUGAGAUGAUCAUUAAUAUUGCAAUUAAAACUGUUUUGCACUGA